AAACAAAGAGCCUACAUUAUCAACCAUGUCGAGCGAGAUGAAUGACGAGAGCUUUGCUCAACGUAGACAAGUAGUUGGGGUAAACAAUCCAUAGCAGGAAUAUCGGCUGGCCAAGAUACAAGAUGAUGUAAUUCACUGACUACGCCAUGACUAGGUUGCUCAGACCCAAAGAGAAGUAUUAUCUGAGUACGAUGAUCGAAUUCGAAAGCACUCCAUGGAUAUAAUCUGCUAAGUCAAGAAGUGGUUUGAACACCGAAGUGAGGGAUCGACGUUUCGCCAGAUCGCAUAGUGGCUUGACUUUGAGAUCUACCAGUUGAUGCUCAAGUCGACCAGUGUCGGCUGUGUCAAACAGCUCUAGUGCAUAACUACGAACUAGUUCUGGUGAGCGAGAAAAAAGAAGUUUAACAGACUUCGCACGAAAUGAUUCAAGCAAAAGCACUACAAAAAUCUCCAAGGUCGAAGAAGACAGGCAAAAAUACCACGAACGAUUUGGGAACAAGUGCAGAAGCGCAAGAAUAUUUUUGCAGUGAGGAUCAAACAAACUUGGAAAUGGCAAUAAUGACGCACCAAGAGAUGAAGCGCAAAUGUUGUUUCAAAGCGAAGGAAGACGAAAUGGAUUGCCAUCCUUCCACUCGGUUGUUUCUGUUUGUGCAGAGCUUAAAGUACCCAAAGUUUUGGUUUUGUUUACUUUAGCACUUCCAGCUCCAAAUCGACUUGGUUUCACAACAGACGCGUCAAUGAAUCAAGUGCUAUCUCAUCAAACAACAUUUUUUGCCGCAUCCAAUCUGCAUCUAUUCUAGCUGCCACUAUAGACCUUGACGAAUCGGUUGAUCAGGAGGUAGUCAACAUCUUUUAAGAUGUUCUUCUAUCUCCUCAAGCUCAACGACUUCAACAACUAAGCUCCACUUUUACUCACUUGCCCCGUGACUCUGGCUGCACAACUAGAGGCUUAGUACUCCCCGACGCAUCACAGUAGACCUUUGACAAUAUGCAUUUGAAGACUUAAUACCUAGUUAAGAAGAUAAACCUUUCGAUUACUUUUAAAUUAAUUACCUCUUCACACAGAAACUUCCUUCUUCUCUAUCUAUUACUAAAGGGCAAGAAGUCGUCGACGUGGCUU